AAUCAGGUGCUGUUUUCACAUUCGGAAAAAGCAAAUUUGCAGAAGAUAUUCCUAGCAAGUUCUGGUUCAAAAAUGACAAGCCUGUACUUAUAUCAUGUGGAGAUGAACAUACUGCUAUUGUUACAGGGAAUGGUAAACUAUACAUGUUUGGCAGUAACAAUUGGGGACAAUUAGGACUAGGAUCAAAGAACACUGUCAGCAAACCAACAUGUGUUAAAGCUUUAAAACCAGAAAAAACAAAACUUGCUGUUUGUGGAAGAAACCACACUUUAGUUUACACAGAAAAAGGAAAUGUGUAUGCUGCUGGAGGUAACAGUGAAGGUCAGUUGGGAUUAGGUGACACAGAGGAAAGGACCACAUUUCAUUUAAUCAGUUUUUUUACCAACCAGCACAAGAUCAAACAGCUAGCAGCUGGAUCAUACACCUCAGCAGCAGUAACUGAGGAUGGGCAGCUUUUUGUGUGGGGUGACAAUUCAGAAGGUCAGAUUGGCUUGGCUGAUGAAGCCUGUGUCAGUGUCCCAUGUCAAGUGGAUGUUGGAAAACCUGUUUCCUCUGUAUCCUGUGGAUAUUAUCACUCUGCCUUGAUAACAG